AUGAUUCCGCGGAGCUGUAGCCCGCUCUUUGCCGAGGCACGCACGGCCGGCCCACACCCAGCAGGGCAUUCCGAGCAGCGUCUCUCUCUCGUCUUGGGCAGGAAACAGGGCGAAGACCUCCUUCACACACGAGUCAAAGGCACCCCCGACCGCACCAUGUCUCGGCUGUACAUCGGCAACCUGCCCAUGGACAUGAAGGAGAAAGACCUAGAGGACAUCUUCUACAAGUACGGCAAGAUCACCGACAUGCAGCUCAAGAUGCCCGAGCGCCCGCCGGCGUUCGGGUUCGUGACGUUCGAAGACUCUAGGGACGCCGACGAGGCAGUCAGGGCUAGGGACGGCUACGACUUCGACGGCUACCGGCUUCGCGUCGAGAUGUCCCGCGGGAAGCGCGAGUUCGGCGGCGGCUUCGGCGGGGGCGGGUUUGGCGGAGGCGGGUACGGCGGAGGCGGAUACGGCGGGGGCGGCGGCGGCGGGGGUGGUGGAUACGGCGGCGGGGGUGGAUACGGUGGCGGGGGUGGAUAUGGUGGUGGUAUGGGACCGCCGCGUGGCGGCUUCGGUGGAGGCCGCCAAACGGAGUACCGCGCCGUUGUGACCGGCCUCCCCCAGAGCGCAAGCUGGCAAGACCUGAAGGAUCACAUGCGCAAGGCGGGAGACGUGAACUACGCGGAUGUGGACCACAAGGGUGGAGGUGUGGUGCACUUCAACAACAAGGAAGGGAUGGACUACGCCCUGCGCAAGCUUGACGGCUCCGAGUUCUCCAACAGAUACGACACUGCCACCAUCUCGGUGCUGCCUCACCGCGACAGCGUCCGAGACAGCCGAUCCAGGAGCCGGUCCCCUCCCCGCCGCGAGCGUUCCAGGGAACGCCGCCGCUCGAGGUCCAGGUCGCCGCCCCCCCGCGACUCCUACCGCGGCAGGUCUCGUUCUCGCUCCCGGUGAUUUGGCCCGUGGCGGCCGUGGACGACAUGUCAUGUCGAUCGAGCCCCCCCGCCCUCGUGUGUAGCAGCAGCGGCGGUGGAUGCACCACAUGAUCAUCGUGAUCGAUGCAUCGGAAGGGUUUUGUGUGUGCCCCCCCCCCCCCCCCCG